CACUCUACUCUAUAUUUGCAGAGAAGAGUGUUCGUCGCUUUCACUGCCAGCCUUUUUUUUCUUCUCUUUCUUCUCUAAGUUCUCUCGCCGACCUUCUCCAAACCCUAGAAAAAGUGCGCUUAAUCUCUGGUAGAUCGAUCGACUAAAGCUCUUCUUUUUCGGAUGAAUUUUGCGGUUUACUGUUGUGAGUGACCACCAUGGAUGACGAUGAUGAUCUCUGGGGUCCGCCAUUUGUUGUGAAAGACGAUACUUGUCGUAAGCAAACCCUGCGUGGUUGUGAAUUUUGGUUUGAUUGCAGAACAGAUGUGCUCGAGGAACAUUUUCAGAACGAGAGAUAUUGUGAGAAAGUGUGGCGGAUUUUGAACGAGAAGAAGCAAGAUGUUGUAAUCGUUGAACUUGACAAGGAUGCAAUUUCGCUUCAGAAUGAUACGGCUUCUUCUGGAAGUGGUGACUCGCAUGCUAUAGGCUCUUCUGAUUCUGACAAGACUCUCAGUGCCACUCUUCCAGUUGUUGUUACAAGUUCUUCUAAAUCUCUUCUUGAUGAUGAUGAUGAAAACACAUCUAGUAUCAGCGAUGCUCAAACUUUUGAGACCAGAGAUUCUAGUAACGACACUCAAGAAAUAGAGCCAGAAACUAGAUUGAAGCCUCAGGAGACCGCAGCAAAUGAUCCAUUAACAGUUGAGGUUGCGGAAGAUGCCGAUACUUCUUCUAGUCCCGCGUUGGCAAACAAGAUUGAGGAAGCUGAAGAACAUUCUUGUUCAUCCUUGGUUACGGAUUUUGAUCCUAUAAAACAAGCUCCCGAGAACAAAUCUUCAUCUGCUAUAAGCAGAGAGAAUAUCGGAGGUUCCACUUUGAAACCAUUUCCUUUAGAGACCAGUGAGAAGGUGGGGGAAAAGGCAAACGCUUCAAACGAAGAUGGGGAAGUAUUCAAGGAUCAUCAGAAAAGUGAUAGCUUACAAGUCAUGGUAACUGUUUCUCAACCUUUUACAACAGAGUCUCUCUUAGAAAUGUGUGAUGAACCAGACAAAGGCAGAGAACUCCCAUAUGAUGCGAGAAACAAAAAAUCACACCCUGGACCCAAGAAGACUGUUGUUAAAGAUGAGUUGAUCAUAAACUUGCUUACUGAGGCACGAAAAAAGGCAGAGAGUAAUGCAUUGUUGAAUCCUGGGUCAGUCCUGAUAAAGAAGAGGCAGAGACAGUCUAACAGCAGCAAUAAUAAAGGCUUGAACACAAGUUCCAUCAGAAACAUCAAGCAGAAAGUACAAGGUGGAGCUAGAAAGAUCAUUAUUGACCCAGUUAAAAAGUUAGACCAGUCGGCACCUGGGAUCAUCAGGAAAUCAAGUGUUCCUACACCGCAAGCAGAUUCAUUGGUUGAUUCAAUAGACGUAAGAAACCAGAGAGACGGACGUGACUCAGUGAUAUCAUUAUCAGCAAGUGAGUUGAAGAACAAGACAGGCAAGGAAUUGAGAAGCAUAGCCAAGGAGCUGAAAGUAACGCAUUACUAUAAGCUCAAGAAAGAAGACCUGCUUCAGCGGUUGACCAAUCGCCUAAACCAGUUAACCGAUUGUAAAAAGCAGAGAAUGGACUCAUAACCGAUCUCACUGGUAUAGUUAAUAUUAGGCCUUACAAAACAGUCCCUUCUCUUUGUUUCUUUGACUCUAUGGUACAAGAUUACAAGUACAGACAUUAGCAAUGUUUCAAAGUAGCUAAAAGUAGGAUGUUUAUUGGGAUAA